GGUUGCUAUGGGCCUCGGUGUAUGAAGGCGUAGGGAUUUGAUUUUGCAGGGCAUCCGUACCAGAGCUGAGACUGGAAUUACAGUCAGUUUAUUUGUUACAGAACAAGAAACGUCGAAGAACUUUCACUUGCAAUGGCUAAGAAAAAUGCAAAAGGACCAGUUAAAAAAGAGGCCAAGCCACAGCAGGCACAUAAGAAUGGAAAGAAAGCAGAGGUUGGAGGAGGAACCUCGUUUUUCAGCUUGUUCAUGGUUUUGGCUCUCCUGGGCGUCUGGACCUCUGUGGCUGUGGUGUAUUUUGACCUUGUUGACUAUCAAGGUGUAAUUGCCAAAGCAAAGGACUUGCACUAUAAUCUUUCAGAGGUACUACAAGGUAAACUUGUGUCCUAUGAUGCUGAUGGUGAUGGAGACUUUGAUGUGGAAGAUGCUAAAGUACUACUAGGACUGAAAGAUAAAUCCACUACUGAGACCAGUGAAUCAGUUGAGAGAACCCUUGCUGAACCAGUGGAAGAAGCUCCUGAAUCUAUCGUGGAGGAAGUAAUCCAAGCCACUAAAGUUAAAGAAGCAGCUCAGCCACCACCAGAACCAGAGACUGUGGAAGAGGAGCCUGUUCCUGUGGAAGAAGAACCUCUGGCAGUAGACGAUGAGCCCACUUCCGCAGAAGAUGAAGUAGCCGAGGAGGAACCAGAGGUUGAAGAAGAGCAAGAAGUUCCUGAGGAAGAACCAGAAGUUGUGGAGGAAGAGUCUGAGGUUACAGAGACUGUUCCAAUUGAGGAAGAGGCUUUUGAUGAGGCACUGGAAGAGCCUGCAAAAGAGGAAGAGGUCAUAGCAGUUGAAGAACCGGUUGAGGAAGCUGCUCCAGUGGAAGAAGCAGUAGAGGAGGCUGCAUCAGUGGAAGAAGCAGUAGAGGAGACUGCAUCAGUGGAAGAAGCUGUGGAGGAGGUUGUACCGGUAGAAGAAGCAGUGGAGGAGGUUGUACCGGUAGAAGAAGCAGUGGAGGAGGUUGUACCGGUAGAAGAAGCAGUGGAGGAGGUUGUACAGGUAGAAGAAGCAGUGGAGGAUGUUGUACCGGUAGAAGAAGCUGUUGAGGAGCUUGAACCGGUAGAAGAAGCAGUGGAGGAGGUUGUACAGGUAGAAGAAGCAGUGGAGGAUGUUGUACCGGUAGAAGAAGCUGUUGAGGAGCUUGAACCGGUAGAAGAAGCUGUUGAGGAGCUUGAACCGGUAGAAGAAGCUGUUGAGGAGCUUGAACUAGUAGAAGAAGCAGUAGAGGAACCUGAACAAGAGGAGGAACCUGAAACAACAGAACCAGUGGAAGAAGUAGAAACACCUGAAGAGACAGUUGAGGAGUCAGUCUCUGCAGAAGAAACUGGAACAGAAGAGGAAGUUAUAAUAGAAGAAACAGAUGAGCAAGUUGAGGAAGAUGAGGAAGUACACGACUCCACAUCGGAGGAAACAGAGCUUGAGGCAGAGAAUUGGGAAGAAGAGGAGGAUGCCGCUGAUGAAGAAGAGCAGCCUGAGGAGGACGAAGCAGAGGAAAUUAACCAAACAGAAGAGCCCACAGAAACAUAAAACAUUAGGCAGUAUGUGAGAUGCGGAGAGGACCAGCACCACAUGGCAUUCCACUGGAAGUGUGCAGCUGCCAAUUCCCAUCAUGGAGUAAAAAAAAAAAAACGCUACUAUUUCCCUUUAAUUUUCCUGGAUUUUCUUUUCUUUUUAUUUUUUUGGACACUCAAGCCUGUUUGUUAAUUGAUAAUGCAGUCUCUAUGUGUACAAGUACACAUUUAUUUGAAUGUUUUGUCAACUUUUGUUUGGUGAUUUGACUCUUACCCCUUUUCUCUUUCGAAUCCUUUUUCUUUAAUUUCAGACAAAGCUUUUUCCCCAUCCUCUAACAUAGAUGUUAAGUAGCCUUUUUUGAAUGAUCAUUGAUGAUAGUUUGGUUGUAGUUUCCAAUCCUGUGUGUACGAACACCUUCAUGUUGCUUUGUAGCUCAGAGAUCUUCAUAUUCAACUCGGCACUGAAUUUAUCAGUGUUUCUUUCUUCAACAAAUCUGACGUUUUGCUUCAAUGUGAAGGUACUAUGCAAAGCUGCACUGAUCUUUCUCUAUUUUUACCCUUAGGUUUUGUACUACCAAUAUGUAUUGAGUCUACAUUUCCAAUGUUGCAUAUCAAGGACAAGUUUAUGCUGGCAGGUUUUGCUAUGUGAACUUUGUAUGGAGU